UGAGUCCCCUCGGGAGAAUCCGUCCUCUCCUUCUCCUGGUCAAGUCCUGCUCUUGCGACCAUCCCCGUAGCAAUGUUUGCUGUGAGGUUCGCGGCGGCCUCCAGGCCGGUUUUGCCCGGCUGUCUGCCCUGGCUGAAGUCCGGUGGGCAGUAUCUUACUCCGGUCGCCGGCUUUCAUUGCUCCGCGCUGCGUCCCGGGGCUAAAGUAGCUGUCAUUUUUUCUGGAUGUGGUGUCUAUGAUGGCACAGAAAUUCAUGAGGCCUCAGCGAUAUUGGUUCACCUGAGUCGUGAAGGUGCUGAAGUUAAGAUGUAUGCACCUAAUGUUCCUCAGAUGCAUGUCAUUGAUCAUACUAAAGGACAACCAGCAGAGAGUGAAAAACGGAAUGCUUUCAUAGAAUCAGCAAGGAUUGCCCGAGGGAAGAUUGCUGAAUUGUCAGAACUUAAGUCAAAGGAUUUUGAUGCUGUUAUCUUUCCUGGGGGAUUUGGAGCUGCCAAAAACCUGUGUACAUUUGCAGUCGAUGGAAAAGAUUGUAAAGUCAAUAAAGAUGUUGAACGAAUCCUAAAUGAAUUCCAUAAAGAAGGGAAACCAAUUGGCUUGUGCUGCAUUUCACCAGUUCUUGCAGCCAAAGUACUUAAGGGUACAGAAGUGACAGUAGGACAUGAGCAGGCGGAAGGUGGGAAAUGGCCUUAUUGUGAAACUGCAGAAGCCAUUAAAGCCUUGGGAGCAAAGCACUGUGUGAAAGAAGUAACUGAAGCUCAUGUAGACACUAAGAACAAAGUGGUCACGACUCCAGCUUUUAUGUGCGAAACAGGAUUGCACCAUAUUUUUGAUGGGAUAGGGAUAAUGGUACAUAAUGUGCUGAAACUAACCAGAAAAUAAGAACCCAGAUUCUCAGUAGCAACACAAGACUUAAAUGCUUCAGUUCUGAAAAGAGCAAUAUCAGACAUAGAAUACUUUGAUCUGGAGGAAGGAAGGAAGAGGAGAGGGAGACAACAUGAAUCAUGUAACCAUGGAAAAAAAUUUAAAAUAAAAUGUAAAAAAAAAAAAAGAUCUCCAAAUCACAUCUGAUUCCUUUAUUUUAGCUGGCAACUUCACUCUCACUUUCUUGGGAGAAAGGUGAUCCUGUUUUCUCAGUGUCUGUGCAUGUGUGUUUUAAGGGUUGUUUUCUGGUAGUUUUUGUUUGAAAAAGAAACAGAUUUCUCUAACAUAUAGUGAUUUAACCAUUGCCUUAAUGAUCUUGGUAUUUCAUUACUCAGAUAUAAGUGGAUAUGUUGGGAUCACCUAAGCUAUCUUUUCUACCUUAAAAAAAUAUUGAAAUUCUCUGUCCUUGAAAUUUAAUGGACUCUGGGGACUUAGUUUGUUGACUGCCUGGAUACAAAAGGUUAUGAGGAGCUGGGGCUUUUGACCACAGACCAGCAGUAGGAGUCAUGCUGGGAAGCUGAGUUCCUCUGAGUCAGUAAGAAUUCACAGGUCAGUGGGAAUGAACAGUCUUUUCCCUGCCAGGGCUGUGUAAGUCUCUUUUUGUUAGCUGUUGAAUGGAUGAUGACUGCCUCAUUUUGAUGGUUUCGUUUUAUUCCAGAUUUGAACCUAAAUUAGCAGGAGACUCACCUGAGUCAUGCUCAUCCCACAAGGGGCAAAGCACACUGGAGAGAUUUUACAAUUUCUUGGACCUUUUCAGCAUGAGGGUCUGACCUGCCUGAUUAAAAGGGUGUCACAGUAUGCUAACCCCUGAAGAAUGAGUACCAAGUUGGUUCAGCUUUGUUUGAAACCUGACUUUAUGGAAGGGAGUGUUGUGAUGAAUUGUGAAGAGGUAUGGCAUGGGAAGUCUGGGAG